GCACAAGGGCUCGGAGGCGCCCGAUGGGGACCUCCCAGCGCACAGAGCCAGGGCAGUAAUUUUCUGCCCUCCGGGGCAGUGAUCCUGAAGGUUUCCUAACACAAUACAAUGGCAGAGACACUAACUAGAGUGUUUGCUGCAAAGGGAAACGUUAAGUUAGCAGAGCAGUGAUUUUUUGAGGCCUCCCUGUGUGCUUCUAAAACCACAUGAACUGAGAGGAAACUCAGCGUUAUUGCAGCAAUAUGCAAAAUACUUCAGUAAAUGUUUGGGCUUGAAAAAAGAAAAUGAGGUGAAUGGGAGAUGGUUACCUGGAGACAAACUUAGUUCUAAUGUGAGGGGGCAAAGCAGGGAGAUUCGUUACUUCUGCUAAUUGCUCUGGCUGUUUCCUAGGUUCUGAACGUAGCAAAUAUGAACGACUGGCAAAGGAAAAGCCCUCUAGAGUGGCAAACGUAUGUGAACAAACAAGUGAAAGUUGCAGCGGCUGAGAAACAUGAAUAUGAAGGAUGGGUCUUAACAGUUGACCCAGUUUCUGCUAAUAUCGUCCUUGCAAGGUUUCCAGAGAAUGAAAAAGUGUUAAUUUCAGUCGUCUUGGGCCAUGCUAUCCAGGAGGUUGAAAUACUGAAAGAAGGGGACGAUGAAAUGAAGAAACGACUUUCUCGCUUACUCAUGCCUGAAGAGAGCAAAGCUUACAGCCCAGAAGAGCUGGAAAAGAGGAAGAACAACUUGAAGACUUGGCUAGAAACAAAUCACAUCCCUGUAACAGAGCAAGGUGAAUCAGGAAGAACGCUAUGUGUGGCAGGUGUAUUAACUGUUGACCCACCGUACGGCCCAGAGGAGUGCAACAGCUCCAAUGAGAUUAUUCUGUCUCGGGUUCAAAGCCUAAUACAGGGCUACCUCGAAAAACAACUCUGAUGUUCAAAGCAUUUAUAUUUAGGCAUGGGUCUCCAUGUCCCGUUUUAAGGACUAUCCUGGAUAUCUGUGUUCACUAUAUGCAAAACUGCUGGGUUUAGGUGUUUUUGUUGAGUGUUGUAUACAAAGAAAAGGAUAAAACUAUCAGUAUAAACUAAAAACAAUAAGUGUUUUGCAUGCGCUUUUUUUUUAUUAAAACCAAGCGUUGAAUAAUAACGAUAAUUAAACUGAUACAUAUUUGUGAGCAGGUUUUGUGACAGUAUCAUGAAAGAUCAAACGAGAGAAGUUUAAACAGUUUUCCUCUGCCUUUAAAAUUAAUUUUAUCCCAUUUUCUAGUUGUCUAGACAUGUUUUUUAUAUUUAAAUGAACUCCUUGCCAUGGAUCUUUUUUUUUUUUUUUUUUCCAGAAAGAGAAUAGCUGAAACAAAAAAGCUCUGUCAGCUAUUUAAGUUUCUUUGUGAUACUUGGAACUUCCCAAACCAGAUGCAAAAUUUGUUCAGAUUUUUUUUCCAUAGCAGUUCUCCUGUUUUAAAACAUGGACUGUAAUACAGGCCCAGAUUUUGUAACAUUAUUAGGUAAGGUAAGUAGGCUUGAAAUGCAUCAUUUCCCAUCUACGUUUGCUAUCUUAUAGUAAUGGUGGUUGGAAGACCUUUGUUCCCUACAAAGAGAAUUUUCUUGCAAUUCCGUACGUUUUUGGUUUUUUUUUUUUCUUAAUGUUUUGGGGUGGCUAGAUGAGACCAUUGCCACAACACACAAUGCCAAAUUCGUUAUGUGAUUAUUCUGGGGAUUAUUAAUCCAGACAGGAAGCUUUUACGCCCUUCAUUUUGUGAGUGUCUGGGCAUGCUAAUUGCCUAUGUAUUAUUACUAGAUAGCACCAAAUCCUAUGUUAACUGCGCGCGCAGAUACGUGUGAGGUCUGUCUGCUCCUUGUUAACAAAAGGCCCUUAUGCCUGCUCUGGUUCGUUUAAAAUCAGUUCAGACCAGUGAGGUUCCGGCUGAUGGUGCUUAAAACAGAAAGCCUGAGCUGUUGGCGUUCUCCGGUGCCCACCCCCUGAGCGGGCCCACAGGAAAGGGCAGGCUCCGCAGGGGGCUCCGUGAACGCUUUCACGGAGGAGCGCAUCAAGGGCUGCCCCAGCUCCGGGGCACCGCAGG